UGUCUCCGUCAGCACUGUUGUGUGACAUCUCACGCAGCGCAUUAUCAUACACAUUCACGCUUCAUCCUCACCCUGUCCCUCCGCUCGAGGAGUCGCAGCAGCACAACAUGGCCUCCGACUCCUGCAGAGCACUCACGAAGCGCUCAUCAUCCACCACGCUCAUGGGCCCGCCGCCUCCACCCCCGAAACGAAUAAAACGACCGGCAAAGGUCCUCGACGAAGACACCUACACCAACGCACUCGACCACAUCAUCAAACGCGACUUCUUCCCCGGCCUGCUAGAGACGGAAACACAGCACGAAUACCUCGACGCGAUCAGCUCCCGAGACAGCCAAUGGAUCGCAGAGGCAGAGAGGAAAUUGACAGAGGUCAUGACGCCCCGGCCCGACGGACGACGCGGGCGCAGAGGCGUCAGCAUGACGCCUGCCAGGGCGAUGGAAUCUGCUGGUGAGACGCCGCGAGGCUGGACGGGUGAUACGCCGCGGACGCAGGUAGAUGAAGGAGGGAAGACGGGCGAAGCUGCAGAGAAGGACAAGAAGCCGCAUCUCAACAUGUCGCUCGGCGAGUUCCAGGCGACAUACACGUCCGAAGACAACGAGUCGUUCAACGCCGUGCUCGACAGGGAGAACGAGAAGAAGCGGAAGCAGAACGGCUAUCUGUGGGCGGGAAACAGGAUCCCGUCGAAGCGACAGCUCGCAUGGCACGCUGCUCGCUCAUCACAAGAAGAAGAUGAAAAUGCAAUCGAAGCGCAGCACAACAACCUCAUCAAACCCUCCUCCUCCACCACCACAACCCUCAUCCGCACAACCCACGCCCCGGACCCCCGCCCCGCAUCCCUCACCCACCGCCCCUCCUCCACCCCCACAAACGCAAUCCUCUUCCCCCCCUCCAGCAUCGAACACACCCACCCCACAACCCUCGACGCCGCCCUCUCCCGCUCCCUCAUGCCCCCCAAACGCACAAUCUACACAAACACCCGCCUUGCCCCCGACCCUCUCCACCCUUCCUCAAUCCCCCCCGCAUCCCCCUCCCUCUCCGCCAUCGACGCCGCCAUCGCCCGCCGUCCCCGUCCCUCGCUCUCACUCCCUGGCUCCUCCGGCGCGGAAACCCCGCGUGUGAAUGGCUAUGCUUUUGUCGAUGCUGAGCCUGAGUCUGAGCUUACCCCUGAACCCGACUCGCGAUCGGCGUCUGCGCUGCUCGCCCGUCUUGGCCCUGCUGACUCAACCCCGAACCCGUUCUCGAUUCAAAGGGUCAGCAGGCGCGAGGAUCUGCAUCAUAGGCUUGUUGAUCGACGGGCUGCGUUGCAUAAGAGGGGGGUGUUGGGCGUGGUUGGGGGUGGGGGUGGUGGUGGUGGUGGUGGUAUGAGUAGUGGUGGUAGGGACGAUGGAAAUACACCGCGUUUCGCGAGCAGUCCGGUUCAGCAUGGGAGUUUGACGCCCGCGGCGAGGCGGUUGUUGGAGAGGGUGGGGACGCCGAAAAGGGGGGUUGGGUUUGGUGGUGGUGCUGGUGGAGGGGAGGAGAAAGGGGAGAGGGCGUGGGUGAGGACGAGGACGCCGGUUGGGGGGACGCCGAGGGGUGUGCUGAGGGGGAGGGGAAAGGGGUGA